AUGGCACGCACAAAGCAAACCGCUCGCAAAUCGCAAGGUGUUGCUAUGAAGUCCGCCCCAACCACCGGCGGCGUGAAGAAGCCCCACCGCUACCGCCCUGGGACAGUCGCCCUCCGGGAAAUCCGAAAGUACCAGAAGAGCACGGAGCUGCUAAUCCGGAAGCUGCCUUUCCAGCGUUUGGUUCGUGAGAUUGCACAGGAUUUCAAAACAGACCUGAGGUUUCAGAGCCAUGCUGUGCUGGCUCUUCAGGAAUCUGCAGAGGCGUAUCUUGUGGGACUGUUUGAGGACACUAACCUUUGCGCAAUCCACGCAAAGAGAGUCACUAUUAUGCCUAAGGACGUCCAGCUGGCUAAGCGUAUAAGAGGGGAGCGCGCCUGA